AUGUCACCGGCCCAAUUGCAAUUUAAUAAGUUACCACAAUAUUUGAUCGAAGUUACCAUAGCAACCGAAUUGGGAAGAAUAGUGACGUACAUGCAGCUCGAACGCUCCGAGGUGGCCUUUUACGUUUACACCAAUGCGAACGGCAGCACGCCGAGCAUCGACAUCUCGCAACGUUUCGAGGUGACCGACAGCGCGUUGCAAAACAUCACGAAUUUUCCGCCGGUGUCGCUGCCGCAGGAAGGCGGCGGAAUCGUCGAAAUGGACCUGACGGCCUUCCGGAACCGUCUCAACGAGUUUAGGCAGAAGAUUAGCUCGGAGGAGAGCAGCAUGUCGGAGAUUUUGCAGUGGUACACCACCGUGAACGCCGCGAUGCUGGAUCAUCUCACUAAUCAGAUUAAGGAGACGGACAAUAGUGGCGUGUGGCGAUAUCUUCUGGCCUUCAAAAGUUUGCUGCGCAGCAUCGAAAGCAUCGGCAUAUCCAGCGUUUACGGCGUCAAUUACUUCGGCAGAGGCGUUUUGCGCGGUCUUAACUAUAUCAAUUACGUUAAGCAGGACGCCAUCGCCAAGGACCUAUUGAACGGAACGCUUAACUACGUUCCGUAUUUGAAGAACGUUUACAAGAAGCUGACGAACGCCACGAAGAACUAUGGUUCCAUUCAGCAUAAGAGCGAUAUUAUCGUGCAAAAUAUUAAACGGACGCCGAACAUAACCGAAGCCAUCGAUUAUUUCGAAUCGGUCGCGUCCUAUACGAAUGAAUUAAGGAAGCUGCAGCAGGACUUACGACUUGUGAUUAAAAACUACGUCGACGACGAUCUCCAGCACGCCGCAAACCAAGAAGCGGUAGGAAUCGCGAUCCUGAUAGUAGUUCUUGCCGUAUCCCCGAUCAUAAUAUGGCUGGUACGCAACGCGGUCGCUACAAUUCAGUUAUACGCUGCGAACUUGGCCUCCAAGGCUAAGGAACUGAAAAAGGAGAAGAAGAAAAGCGACUCGCUGCUGCUGCAGAUGCUACCGCCGAGCGUCGCGACGCAGCUGAAGCAGACGAAGCAGGUGCCCGCCGAGUUUUACUCCUGCGUCACGGUUUACUUCAGCGACAUUGUCGGUUUUACCGAGAUUUCGGCGGUCAGCACCCCUCUCGAGGUGGUGACGUUCCUCAACAAGAUCUACAAGCUGUUCGACGCCCGCAUCGAGUGCUACGACGUCUACAAGGUCGAAACCAUCGGCGACUCGUACAUGGUCGCGUCUGGGUUGCCGGUCAAAAACGGUAAUAAGCACGUAACGGAAAUAGCGAGUAUGGCCUUAGACCUACUCGCCGGCUCGGCCCACUUUAAGAUUCCGCACAGAAAAUCGGAGACCUUGCAGAUGAGGUCCGGUGCACACGUCGGACCAGUCGUUGCAGGUAUAGUCGGUUCGAAAAUGCCUAGGUAUUGCUUGUUUGGUGAUACUGUCAACACGGCUUCCCGCAUGGAAUCAACUGGCGAAGCUUUAAAGAUUCACAUAAGCUCCGACAUGAAAAAGGCUCUGGAUGCCAUUGGAGGAUACAAAACGGAGCACAGAGGUUUAGUGGAUGUGAAGGGCAAAGGACUAAUGGAUACCUAUUGGUUAACGUGCAAGGAGAGCAUCACGCAGCGGACUGUGGAAAUGGAAACACCUACGUAUUUACAGGAUGAAGAUUCCGAACCAGUUUUCAUGAGGCGGUUAAGAGGAGAAGAUUACAACUGAACAUCGGUUAGUUGAAACAUAGUUAUAUAUUGUGUAUAAAUAAUGGUAAUCGAUAUUUGAUAAUUUUUCCAUGAUAUUUUUGCAAAAAUUUGUGAUGUAAAAUGGCGUUUUUUGAUGUCUGUGUACUACUCAUAUAUAUGCUCGUUAAGUGUCGUUAAUUUUAUUGACGUGUAGAAAGGACUAUUUACAUUGAGUAAUGAGGUAUGUAUGUGCAUACUUUUAUUUUAUUAUACGUAUCUAAACUA